UUUUAGCCUUUGGAAGUCCACCACCAGUCAAUAGACUAUUAAGCUAUAAAUAAGAGCCAGUGUAUUAAUCUCUGAAAAUUAGCAGCAUUUUACAUAGGUUCUUAAGUUCAUCAGUAUCAACAGGAAAACACAAAACUGUGGAUUAAAUCCUGAUAUUGAAUGCUUUAGGAUACAUUAUCUUUCUCUCACAUUCUCCUCUAGCUCUCACUGCUUGUUUUGACUCCAGGCUCCAAUAUUCCUGAUUUUUUACCACUAUGUUCUGCUGUCUUCAUGUGCCCAGGAGCCACAGGGGAUACAUUAUGAAAAGUAAUGGGCAAGGAGAUUAACAGCUCAGCAUGAUCACUGUUAGAAAAUCAAUAUGUGUAUGACUAUAGCUUCACAGUAUAACAGGUGAGAUUUCGUGAUUUCCACGCAUCUUGCAAGUUUAUUUGCAGUUCAUUGAUAUCAAUUGAUGGUUUAAUAUAGAAGCUGUAUUGUAUUUGUAUACAGUACACAAGCUGUAAUGUAUUUGUUUCUCACGUGAUCUAGAGCAGUCUUGAGUUGCAGACUGAUCAUCCUGCCACUAAAUUCUCAGGUACACGUAGUCAUUGUCUAGGUGAUGCUAUCCACUUACCUCUCGGUAUUUAGACAGGUUUAUUGGGCUCAGGGUGGCUACUGUUCAUAUCACAGUAUGUUUCUGUUUAUUGAGGAUGAUUAGUUCGAGCUUGGUGGUUCUCUAAACUCUAAGUUAAAGUUUUCAUCUUGGCAGAUUAUUGGACUCUUAGGAGACUAAGAGCUGUUUCAUUGGAGAAUAACAUGCAACACAAAAGCAAGGAAGUAUGCUGUGAUCAGCAAAAUGCAGGACAGAUCAUUUCCCUGGUAGAAUGGCUUUUUCAGCCUGCAAGGUAUCGUUCUUCAUGGGAUGUAAAAGCAGUGUUAAAGUAAAGUGGCCCAAAAAUAUCAGAAUGAGUUUAAGUUACAGACAGGUAUGAAAAUAAAGUGAAGUAGUCUGCUCCAGCAAAGAGUUAUGUGACUUCUUUUGUUUCCCCUUUUUGAGUCCUGACUGGCUUAAUUAUUUCAUGGCUGCUGUCUCUGGGUCUCUAAGUUUCUACAAGUCCAGAAAUCUGAUGGCCACAUCAUUAUUGUUGCUUUCCACAGGGAUCUCUUCAUCAUGUGUCCAUCCCAUAACCCACCUCUGGAGAGGCAUAUAAAAAUCACUGCAGGAAGGAGAGUUUUUUAUAUUCUGAAUCUGGCUUUUAAAGAAACCCUGAAAUCUAAGGGAACUAGAUAAUUUUAAGUGUUGCUUUGUGCAUUAACCAGCUCUUUGUUAGCUCUUCUUUCCUUCAGUCUUCUGUAGGUUUGUUUUUUUUUUUUUUCCAUAGUUUAUUUCCAUAGUUGGGGUAUACAGAGGCUCUACUGAAACACUUUCUAGCACAUCACCUCUCUAAAAAACAAUGCUAAAUUAAAUAAUGAGAUUACCAUAGAGUUUUCAAGCUCACUAAAGAAAAUAAGCCUGAUGGUAUCAAGAUUUCUACCAUUAAGAAAUACGUAUUUUCAAUUGUUUUCUGGUAGAAUUUUGGAUAAAGGCAUGGAUGGAAUCUCUAGCCUCUGAUUCCUUAUUCUUGUGUGUCCUGAUUUCUUUAAGAGUAUUAUGUCAGGAAGGCUCUUUUGGGUUUGUGUUUCCUUAGGCAGCUAUGACCCAGACCAGGAUGAUCCAACCAGCAUUCCAUCAGUUAUCACAGAAUGGCCCAGGUGGGAAGGGACCUCAAGAAUCAUAAAUCUCCAACCCCCCCCCGCCAGGGUCACCAACCUUCCCAUUGAAUACUAGACCUGGUUGCCCAGGGUCCCAGGCAUCAUAUUCAUAUAGAAGCAUGGACAUAACUGGAGAUAUGCCUGCUUCUGUAUUUGGGUCUGUUGUUGAAAAUCUGAAUUGCCAUUUCUAAUUGGCCAGUAGAAGACUCACAAAACUGCGUCGGGAAUUUCUGUAUCUGAAAAACUUCGUAUAUCCCUGAUGCAUCUUCAUACCCCCCACAUUAGGUAUUUCUUCUGAAGGGCAGAGUAAGUCUAUAGAUGGUUCAAAGGCUGGGUCCCUUAAAAAUGCAUAGCAGAUCAACAGAGGUAUGAAACUUGCUUCCUAGAGUAAGCAGUCUAACUUUACUCUUUCAAAGAUAGGAGAAUUAAAAGCUAUCUUCAAAUUGAGCUGAGAAUCUUAUGUAAAGCAGAUGGCACAGAAAUGUAUUGCCUCAAUUCAUUGUAAUUCCUCAUUAACGUUCAGAAAAGUCUGGAUGUAGAACUUCAAAAAUGCGUUUAACAAACUCUGUUGAAGACUCUUGGACUGUCACAGGUAUCUGAUGGCAGUGAGCAACAGUCAGUCACAGACAAAGUUUUUCAGGGUGGUUAUCAUCUUGAGAAGUGAAGCCAUUGGUGGCAUAUUGGCAGUGAAUUGAUGACAGAGCUGAUCCUUGAGCACAGGAACAGUCCCCAUUGCCAGCUGAGGUCCUCAGAAAGGAGGCAGAAUUUUGUGCCUGGCAAAGUAUAGAAUUAUAGAAUCCUUAGAGUUGGAAGGGACUUUUAAAGGUCAUCCAGUCCAACUCCCCUGCAAUGAACCAGGGCAUACGCAGCUAGAUUAUGUUGCUCAGGCCCUGAUCCAGUUUUUCCUUGAAAGUCUCCAGGAAUGGGACAUCUAACACAUUUCUGGGCAACAUGUUCCAGUGCUUUACCACCCUCAAUGUGUAAAAGUUUUUCCUUCUAUCCAACCUAAAUCUACCCUCUUUAAGCUUGAAACCAUUUCCCCUUGUUCUGUCUCAACUGACCCCACUAGAGAGUCUGUCCUCCUCUUUCUUGCAGCUCGCCUUUAUGCAGUGAAAGGCCACUAUUAGGUCUCCCUGGAGCCUUCUCCAGGCUGAUCAGCCCCAGCUCUUUCAUGCUGUCUUGGAGAAGUGUUCUGUCUUUUGGAUCAUUUUUGUGGCCCUCUCUGGAUACGCUCUACUAUCAGGCACAUUGUUGCAAGCAGCAUGUACGUACUGGAAUUUCUGAAUUCCUUUUUAAAACGUAACCUACUUCUUAGAGUAUGUAUUGUUCCUAAAGAUACAACGCUAGCUGAGUCUACUACCUCCCAGACUACCCCAUCACCACAGUGAUUUUGCAAAAAGAAAGGGCAAGUGAGAAAAGAGAGGCAAACAUAACAUCCCUGUGACUGCAGCUGAUUGUCUGUCUCUCCAUGAGGUAUUUAUAAGCUGCAUUCUGGCAGGCUGGGGUGGGCAGUUGGCUCACCCUGACCUUGGAGGCUGGAAGCCUGACCAGCAUUCCUGGGAGCCACGUGAGCCAGAUUGGCAGGAACAGCUGCAACCAAUGGAGAUGCCUAGCAGUGGCUGCUCAGAUUGAGUUUCACUCCAGUCACUUGAGAUUUUUCUCUUUCUCCCCCUGUUGUGCUUUUCGUCUUUGUUGAUGGGGUUGGACAGGCGAAUGCACUGAUGUAGUCUUAGCAAGCAAGAUAUUCGUUUAGUGGAUUUGGGAUUCUACCUUCAUUGCCAAACAACUAUUUCUUGCCAUUGCCUUCUACAGCUCCAGCUGCCUGGCAUGGCUGAGUUUUUAUAGCUCCAAGCUUUCUGAGCACACAACCUGCCCUCCUGUAUUAGGGCAUUUUAUGUUGUGUUCUCUCAGGCUCUUCAUUUUUGCUGCAUUUAGAGAUUAGUACAUGAGGCUUUUUAAUGCAUGGGAGAUGGGUCAGGACCAGACAAAGCAACAGAUAGAAAAAGGACUCCAUCUCUACCAGUCUAAUCAGACUGAAAAGGCUCUGCAAGUCUGGAUGAGGGUUUUGGAGAAGUCUGCGGAUCCUGCUGGCAGGUUUCGCGUUUUGGGUUGCCUCAUCACUGCUCAUGCAGAGAUGGGCAGAUACAAAGAUAUGCUGAAGUUCGCAGUGGUACAGAUUGACACAGCACGGGAGCUGGAAGACCCAAAUUACCUUACAGAGGGCUAUCUAAACCUGGCUCGCAGCAAUGAGAAACUCUGUGAAUUCCAGAAAGCAAUAUCUUACUGUAAGACAUGCUUGAACAUGCAGGGUACUACUGUGAGCCCGCAGCUGAAUGGCCAGGUGAGCCUCAGCAUGGGCAAUGCCUUCCUGGGCCUCAGCAUUUUCCAGAAGGCUUUGGAGUGCUUUGAAAAAGCUUUACGCUAUGCACACAACAAUGACGACAAGAUGCUGGAGUGUCGAGUCUGCUGUAGCCUUGGGAACUUCUAUGCCCAGAUAAAGGACUAUGAGAAAGCUUUGUUCUUCCCAUGUAAAGCAGCAGAGCUGGUGAAUGACUAUGGAGCAGGCUGGAGCUUGAAGUACCGUGCAAUGAGCCAGUAUCACAUGGCAGUGGCCUACCGGAAGCUGGGGCGCUUGGCAGACGCUAUGGACUGCUGUGAGGAGUCCAUGAAGAUUGCCCUUCAGCAUGGUGACCGGCCUCUGCAGGCACUGUGUCUGCUGUGCUUUGCUGAUAUCCAUCGCAGUCGCAGAGAUGUGCAGACAGCCUUUCCCCGGUAUGAUUCUGCCAUGAGCAUCAUGACAGAGAUUGGAAACCGCCUGGGUCAGAUCCAGGUGCUGCUAGGAGUGGCUAAGUGCUGGAUGAUCCAGAAGGAGCUGGACAAGGCUCUGGAAAGCAUUGAAAAGGCACAGGAACUGGCAGAGGGACUAGGGAACAAGCUUGGUCUGCUGAAGCUCCACUGUCUGUGUGAAAGGAUCUAUCGCACAAAGGGGCAGCAGCGAGAAUUGCGUGACCAUGUAGUGAAGUUCCAUGAAUGCGUGGAGGAGAUGGAGCUGUACUGUGGCAUGUGUGGAGAAUCUAUUGGGGAGAAGAACAACCAGCUGCAGGCGCUGCCUUGCUCCCACUUCUUCCACUUAAAGUAAUGAGCUGGAAAUACAGGAGAUCUUUGCCCUUAUGUUAAGAGUGCCUGCAGACCAACGGGACGCGGGGCUGCCCCAACUGCCGCCGGCUGUCGGUGAAACCCGGAUACGUGUGACCGCGGACGCCGCCGGGCACGGGAACCGCGGUGCCUCCUACUGGAGGCGGCGGGGCGGGUCCUCGGGGCGCCCUCGGUGUCGCCACAUCGGGGCGCCUCUCUCCGCGCACCUCUGUACGCGCGCUGACCGGAAUAAACGCUGC